UCGGUCCGUCCACGCACGCGGUCGUCAUGAACGCGCUCACGACCAGCGCCACGACGCUCAAGAGCGUCGCGCUCACCGCGAAGCGCGCCUCAAGAGGCGUCGCCGUUUCCUCUCGCGCGGCGACGACGACGCCGCGCCGCGGCGCGCGUCUCUGCGUCCGCGCCGCCGCGCGCGGCGGCGGCCCGAGCGUCUACGUCGUCCAGAAAGGCGAGUCCCUCUGGUCGAUCGCGCAGAAACAGAACGUGUCGUUAGAAGAGCUCCAGCGCGUGAACUACAACGCCCUCGGCGGGAAGGACGUCAUCUACCCGGGGCAGCAGAUCGUCGUCCCGGGCGCGGCGGCGAGGGGGCCCUCGUCGGGGGGGCGGAUGCCCGCGGUCCCCGCGUUCGCGAAACCGACGCCCUCCUCCGGCGGGCGGUCGUCGUCGUACGCGCCGUCGUCGUCGUCGUCGUCGUCGACCUCGUACUCGUCGUACUCGUCGUACGCGCCGUCGAAGGCGGCGGCGCUGCCGGCGCCGAGGGCGGCGAAGAACGGCAGCCUCGUUACCGCGGGCGCGUUCUUCCUCGCGCUCGCGGUGGGGAUUUACAUCUUCAAACAAGACGACGUCCCGGCGACGAUGCGGUUCGACGAGAGCCAGGGCGAAGGGUACGGCGACGAUCAGUACUACGACGAGCAGCAGUACAAUCAGCAGUACGAUCAGCAGUACGAUCAGGGGUACGGUCAGCAGCAGCAGGGGUACGGUCAGCAGCAGCAGCAGCAGCGAGGAGAAUGGGGCGGCGCGCAGCAGCAAGGGUACGGGAGCCCCCCGGAGUGGAAUCGCUGA